AUGCUCACGGACGUCAUGGGUCGAGAUCUCCCACAGCUGCGGCGAAGGACAUCCUGCAGAGCUUGGGCGCUUACCCUGGCCUUUGCAGGGGUGCUUCCGUGGGCCUUCUGUGGGCUUCCUCGAGGCCGUGUUGCCGUGAGCACUGCUCGCCUCGCCAAAGGCUUUGGCGCCGAGUCCGAGAAGGAAGAGCAGGACCUGAAGGAGACAGAAGGCGACAUGAUGGUCGAGCUCUUCAAGAUGAUACAGAAAGAGGAAGACAAGGAGGAUUGGGCCGAGCCCAUCGUCAAGCUUCCCGGGCCGCUGCGGCCCCCAGCGGCCCCAGCGAAGUACAAGGCUCUGACGAAGAUUCGCCUCCGUGUCGCUCCACACAGCUUGGCGGACCUGACGACGCCCACCUACACCAUCCAGCCAGGCCAAGAGUUCUAUGUCGUGGCAGAGCAGGAGCAUGAGGAAGCCCCCAACGUCCUCUGGCUGCGCACCGACCAGGAUGCGGGGGGUGCCUGGCUCCUCGAAAGGGGGGUGGCCGGUGCCUUUGCAAACAAGAAGGUUGUUCGGCGUAUUGCCGGCACCCUCGGCGCCACCAAGCGCCCGCCGCUGAUGGAGAUCUCUGAGGUGCCGACGGAGCUUGCCGAAGAGGCAGCGGAACUAGCCCUGGAAGCGGAGGCGCUACCGCCGCUGCCGUCCAACCAGAAGAAGAGGGAAGAGCGGGAAGAGUUCGCGGGCGUGAAUAUGCAGCCGCCUAGUCCCUAUGAGCGCCGCCAGCCUAUCCUCGAGCUCCUGGAGGACCCUGAGAUUCAAGCGGUUUGCAAGGAGAUGGGUGCUGACAUGGAAACUUUGCGAAAGAACCCUGCCUUCAUCGAGGAGAUCGCCAGACAGCUCUAUGGCGAUGAAGUCGUCUCGUAG